AUGAUGAAGACGGAGCCGCGGGGGCCCGGAGGUCCCCUCCGGAGCGCCUCCCCGCACCGCAGCGCCUAUGAGGCGGGCAUCCAGGCGCUGAAGCCGCCCGACGCGCCCGGGCCCGACGAGGCACCCAAGGCAGCCCACCACAAGAAAUAUGGCUCCAACGUCCACCGCAUCAAAAGUAUGUUCCUGCAGAUGGGCACAACGGCGGGGCAGGAGCGCGCCGGCCUGCAGGACCGGAAGCUGGACGUCGUGGUGCGCUUUAACGGCAGCACCGAGGCUCUGGACAAGCUGGACUCCGACGCCGUGUCGCCGACGGUCAGCCAGCUCAGCGCCGUCUUUGAGAAGGCCGACUCGAGGACCGGCCUCCACCGCGGGCCCGGGCUCCCCAGGGCCGCGGCCGCCGGGGCUCCCCAGGUCAACUCGAAGCUGGUCAGUAAGCGGUCCCGGGUGUUCCAGCCUCCGCCUCCACCUACCGCCCCGUCGGGGGAUGCCCCAGCCGAGAGAGAGCGCGGCCCCGGGGGGCAGCAGCCCCCGCAGCACCGAGUGGCCCCCGCCCGGCCGCCCCCCAAGCCCCGGGAGGUGCGCAAGAUUAAGCCGGUGGAGGUGGAGGAGAGUGGGGAGUCGGAGGCCGAGGCUGCGCCUGGGGAGGUGAUCCAGGCGGAGGUGACGGUCCACGCGGCCUUGGAGAAUGGCAGCACCUUGGCAACCACAGCCAGCCCCGCACCCGAAGAGCAGAAAGCCCAAGCAAUCCCCGAGGAAGAGGCGGCGGCCGCGGUGGCGCCUGAGAGAGGGGUGGGCAAUGGCCGGGCCCCGGAUGUGGCCCCGGAGGAGGCGGAUGAGUCCAAGAAGGAGGACUUCUCCGAGGCAGACUUGGUGGACGUGAGCGCCUACAGUGGGCUGGGGGAGGACUCUGGGGGCAGUGCCCUGGAGGAGGACGAUGAAGACGACGAGGAGGAUGGGGAGCCCCCCUAUGAGCCCGAGUCGGGGUGCGUAGAGAUCCCUGGGCUAUCGGAGGAAGAAGACCCGGCCCCAAGCCGAAAGAUCCAUUUCAGCACAGCGCCUAUCCAAGUGUUCAGCACCUACUCAAACGAGGACUACGAUCGGCGCAACGAGGACGUGGAUCCCAUGGCAGCCUCCGCGGAGUAUGAACUGGAGAAGCGGGUGGAGAGGUUGGAGCUGUUCCCUGUGGAGCUGGAGAAAGACUCCGAGGGACUCGGCAUCAGCAUCAUCGGCAUGGGGGCUGGGGCAGACAUGGGCCUGGAGAAGCUGGGCAUCUUCGUCAAAACUGUGACUGAGGGCGGCGCAGCCCAUCGGGAUGGCAGGAUCCAGGUGAACGAUCUCCUGGUGGAGGUGGAUGGAACCAGUCUGGUGGGAGUGACCCAGAGCUUUGCAGCCUCCGUGCUCCGGAACACCAAGGGCCGAGUGCGGUUUAUGAUUGGCCGGGAGCGGCCUGGCGAGCAGAGCGAGGUGGCUCAGCUAAUUCAGCAGACCCUGGAACAGGAGCGAUGGCAGCGGGAGAUGAUGGAGCAGAGAUACGCCCAGUAUGGGGAGGAUGAUGAGGAGACCGGAGAGUAUGCCACUGACGAGGAUGAGGAGCUGAGCCCCACGUUCCCAGGUGGCGAGAUGGCCAUUGAGGUGUUCGAGUUGGCAGAGAACGAGGAUGCCUUGUCCCCUGUGGACAUGGAGCCCGAGAAGCUGGUGCACAAGUUCAAGGAGCUCCAGAUCAAGCAUGCUGUGACUGAGGCUGAGAUCCAGCAGCUGAAAAGAAAGCUGCAGAGCCUGGAGCAGGAGAAGGGGCGGUGGCGGGUGGAGAAGGCCCAGCUGGAGCAGAGUGUGGAGGAGAACAAGGAGCGCAUGGAGAAGCUGGAGGGCUACUGGGGUGAGGCCCAGAGCCUGUGCCAAGCUGUGGAUGAGCACCUGCGGGAGACCCAGGCCCAGUACCAGGCCCUGGAGCGCAAGUACAGCAAGGCCAAGCGCCUCAUCAAGGACUACCAGCAGAAGGAGAUCGAGUUCCUGAAAAAGGAGACCGCACAGCGCCGGGUUCUGGAGGAGUCGGAGCUGGCUAGGAAGGAGGAGAUGGACAAGCUCCUGGACAAGAUCUCAGAACUGGAAGGAAACCUGCAAACACUGAGGAAUUCCAAUUCUACUUAACAGGAAUCUUUCCUUGACCAGACAAUAAUUAAUCCCCUCCCAUUGUCCUCCCUCCCCUGUCCUCAAUAUUUCAUCCCUCCCUCUACCAGCCUGGGGACAGGUGCCCCAACUCCCCCACCCCUCUGCCCUACCUCCCCCAGCUUCAGGGACCAGAGGGCCCAUAUCACAGGCCCCAUUAUGGUGGCCCCGGGCAGACAGGUGGCUGGAAGGAUGGCCUCCUUCUUACUUCAUGGGGCUGAGGCACAGAGGCCAAGGGAUGCCGAGAGCUGGCCUGGGUGGUGGAUGGACACAAGGAACUGCAGAACAAACUGCCAGACUUUAUAACCUCCAGCCUUUGUCUCUGGACUGGAAUGGGGCUGGGGGCUCUCCCAGCAUUUCACCACCUGGAGGCUGCUCCCUGCCCACGAGGCUCCUUGACUUGAGAGUCUACCUUCUUGGCCCUUCCCCCUACCCCAUCAUUGUGCUGUCUCUGUUUCAUUCUGAUCCUCCUGCUGGAAGGGGAUGCCUCCACACCUCCUCCCAUCCCUGUCUCCCCUCCCAGGGGGAGAGAGUCCACCCCAGAGCCUGGAGGCUGGGCCUGGCCCUGCACUGAUUUCUCAUGUAUCCUUCAAGAAAAGGGGAGUAAGAGUAGGAAAAGGGGGGCAGUAGCCCUCAGUUUCUCCUUGUGCCUCCCACCUGCCCUUCCCUGGUGCCAAAUAGCCAUAACCUCUUCCUGGAACAGUUCUGUGGCCUCUCUGAGAUCCAGUUUCCUGGCCAAGGAGAGGAGAUCGGCUUAGUGGGGCUGGCUGCAGAGACCCUGGUCUUAGGCAAGAGAAACAUUUCUUACUGAGAGCCAGGCCCUGCCCUGGACCACACAUGGAAGCCUUGUACUAACACCAGAGAUUCAGCCUCACCCUACCCACACCCACACCCUUCCAAUGUUUUGACUGGAGGGCAACAUUUUACUACUAAACUUUUUGGAGACCAAGGCUGCCCUACUGACAGCCUGCUUUCUAAGUGAAAUUGACUCAUUUCCUCACUUUAACCCCAAAUUGGGGCUUGGACCAAGGGAGGUGAGGACCCCCCCACACACAGGUCCGCCUCCCCUUUCAGAAUCCAUCUCAUUUUGCCCCUUCCUGAUGCCCCUACCCUAGCCUGGAUUUUUGUUCAUUUUUAACAGACAACCUCCGUCCCAACCCUUUUGGCUUCUCCCCGUCCCCUAUAAAUAGACCAUGCCAUCGAUCAGUAUUUCUUCCCAACCCCCUUCCCGCCCCCAGACGUUUCUCUACCCCCCCGAAAGAGCUGGCUGUCCCAGCGCCGGGCCGCGCACUUCACCUCCUUCGCCCCCGCAGACGGAGGGGGCGGGGCCAGGUGGGUGGCGCCGCGGGCGCUUCCGGUUUCUCUGGCGGUUGGCGGUCCUUGCCCCGCCCUCUGCAGGACUGCGUCUCUGUAUAUAAUAUAUAUAUGUAUGUAUUGUUCCCGGUUUUGUACGGACCAUGCCCUCUGUCAGGUUGUCCCCAUAAACGCAGCCCCCAGAG